CUGCACUUGAAGGCACAUGAAUGACGGCAAGGUGUUGUUGUAUGAGUUUCCUGCAGACUCCAUGUUUGGAUUCCAAUAUACUGCUCAGUGAAAUAAAGUGGAGGCGACCAACCAUUUUUGAAAUACUGGUGAAUCAGUAGAAACCUUGGACAAAGAUGAGCUAUUACAGAAACUUCAAAUCCUCGAAACUACACGCGCACUGUGAGAGCUGCCACAGCCGACGCUGCAGAGCACCUGUCGAGAUCUCCGUCUCGUGCGCGUUCAUCAGCUGUCGUGCGCUUUGUGGCGCGACCUUUCACCUGUGCAAGGAGCAGGAACACACCCUUUUGUGCCCCAAUGAGAGAGUGCCCUGUCUCAACGCGCAGUUUGGCUGCCCCUUCCGCAUGUGUCGCUGCAAGCAGGCAGAGCACCUUCGGGUGUGUCCGGCCAGCGUGAUCUGCUGCUCCAUGGAGUGGAACCGCUGGCCCCUCGAAGACAUACAGAACAAGUUCUACGCCAAUCUUUUGAAGGACGACAACGAGAGUGAGGCUCUCGACCUCUCGAUGGCCAUCAGAGACCAGAAGUACCUGUGCAAUAGGAUCAAAAUGAAGUCCCUCUUCCCUGAGUUAGCCGAACAAGAGGAGGAAGAAGUCCCGCCACCGCCUGUGGAGGAGGGAGGUGCAGUAGGAGGGAAGCCCUUCUCAGAUGCCAGUGGAGUGAACGGAGGAUCGGAUUAUCCCGUUGGUAAGGGCCCCACGCCGGCCACACAGGAGGAGGUGGCGGCGGCGGCCGCAGGGGAGACGCCUCUCGACAAGAACAAGUUUGACCGCUACGAGAAGAUGUUUAGCAUGGCGAGGGGUGGCUGCGAACAGGCCUCCGUACAAAACCAAGACGACAAAACAGACAAUGAGGCAUCUUCCAAAGGGUCAACAGAGCCAAAUAGCGUUGUUGGACAUGCUCCGUGGCAGAAAGGGGUUCUGGAGCGUGUUGGACAAGACAUGACUGUUCAGGAGUACAACAUGUACAUAGUUCACAACGGCCGCAUGCUGAUUACUUUUGGCCAAAUUGAUGCUUGCACGCCGAGGGAAAGGGACUUUGUUUACGGAAACCUUGAGCCCAUACCUGUUAUGACACUGAGCAACUACAAACCUCCAGUGAGCUACAGGGGCAAACGGAUCCACAUGAAAGAUUACUCAAAGAUCCCAGACACUGAGGAUAAGUACACUGAUACCUCUGACCUGGGUCUGUCUGAGGAGGACAUGCAUGUGACAGAUGAAAUGUAUGCCACCUUGCUGUGCUGUGCAGAAAGAGAGCUUCGUGGGCAUAAAGUCAGCGAGACGGUGGGGAUAGACGGCAACUAUGUCGACAUAGCGACGCAAACCUACAGCUUCCCCACAGCUCCGUUCCAACGCGACACAUCACUGGCCGACAUCACUGCCGACCAAAAGUUGAAACUAUACGUCAGGACCGUAACAGAGAGCAUCUCCUCACGGUACCGAACAGCCAGCUGUCCGUUCACCUUUCGAUGUGGCCACCCGUUCAGACGAGAUGAGUACCCCUACCACUACAAAAAUGUGCACUCAGACAUCCAGUUCUCCCUGGAGGGCUGGUUUGAACAGAGGUGCCCUCUGGCUUACCUGGGGUGUACAUACGUCAGAAAGAACAUCUGUCCACUCGCACAAAAAGCCACCGUCUCCUUCCACCAGGACCUGAACACGUUCAGCCUUAAACCGCAGGUGUGUGGGACGGUCAUAACCACGGCCGAGUCUGGUCCCCCACAGGCCAAACAGGCCAAGUACGAGGACUCACUCGCCAACCUGCCCUAUGAGGUCCUGUGUCACAUUGCCAGUUUUCUAGACUGCUUCACUUUGUCCCAGCUGGCUUUGGUGUCUCAGCUGUUCCGUGACGUCUGUGCUACUCACCUUCAGGAGAGAGGCAUGGUGUCACUGAAAUGGAGGAAGAAGUCAUAUUCCCAUGGCGGCGGCCGCUGGAAGUGUAGUAAGGUGUGGGAGUUCAGCAAUCUUUUUAGCAAAGUGGACAGAUGGUGCCUUGCAGAUGAGCCUUCUAUGUCCGCCCAUCUGAAGGUCUGCCCAUUCUACCAACGGGAGAUUAAAACAGAACGGACUGCCGUGAUGCUGAAAGAUUAGAAGAAGGAACAAGUUCACUGAUUUUGUUUAACAGGUUAUCAUGAUUUAGAUUCAUAUUAAGAGUUUAUAUUUGGUGAGUACUUGAUGAAAAAAAUAUUUUGCAUGAAUCAUAUAGAUGGCAGGCCAUGAGUCUUUUCCUUCUUGGAUGUUUUGUGAUGUUAUUUUUAUCUAUCAUUUUGGGUGCACUGCACGUGGAUAAACAGACAUUAAUUUGAUAAGAGACUUGCUUUUCACAUUGCGUUUGAGGGUUAGCAAUGAGAUAGAUUGUUGAACUCAAAAACAUACUGUAAAUAGACUCCUCCCUUCAGUGUCUCAUUGGUAGCCUGAGUGGGUGCUCACUGAUGCCACUGAUUGGGAGUAAUGUUGUGUGUACAGAGAUACACACUGUGUUUGUUUACCAAGCCAGGGCUGUGAAGAGGAACUAGAGCUUUUUUCAGUGUGCACACAGAUUGGAGCACCUGCGGAUGGUGAGGAUGUGCUGACGUGACAAAAACUGCACUAGCUCAGAUUUGCUUAUUGUUUCUUUAAUGGUUAAUAUUGGUGAGUUCAUCCUCGAUUCCACACUGUUUCCCCACAUAACAUCUGAAAUUCUGAGACUAUUUUUGUCUAACAUUUGAGACUUUAUUUCUAUGAAACAUUACAUUCCCAUGCUUUUUCUUGAGUAGGCUAUGAUAAAAACGACAACAGCAGGUUUCACGUUCCAUACUUUUUGAUAGUACCAAGUACAAAUGACGAUUUAGGUUUUGACUAUCACAUUUUGCAACUUUGAAAGUGUGUGAAGCUGAAAAGGGCAAGAUCAGCUACUGUACAUCAGUAUAAAGUCAUUAUGUAAAUGAACACCUCCCAGUUUUGUGACUUGAUGCUGUAUUGUGUUUCUUGAUUGAAGUAGAUAUUUAGAAUAUGUUUUAAAACUUCAAAACUGCUUUUCAAACUUCAUAAUAACUCUGAGGUCAGGCUGGAUCAAACGGCUGAAAUAACGUAAACAUGACUCAGGAUUCAGACGAACGGAUGCUGGAAAUAAGGAAAAAUGUGGUUUCUCAUGAACACUUGAGAUGUAUUGAGCUUAUUCUAUAUUUGUUUUUGUCCUGUCCUGUACUAAUUCUGUGGUGUUGAUAUCAUAUCCCUAUUCCCAUAAUAAAAAAAAGUAGCCUAUGUGUGGCAAAAAUAAA